AUGGUCAAAGCUAUUACUACUGAAAAAGACUUUGAAGAAGCUUUAACUCACAGCGGUUUAGUCGUUGUUGACUUCUUUGCCACUUGGUGUGCUCCUUGUAAAUUCAUUGCUCCAGUGUUUGAUAAAUUAUCCGAAGAAUAUAAAUCUGCUAAAUUCAUCAAAGUUGAUGUUGAUGACUUGAGUACUAUUGCUGAAAAAUACGAAAUCUCAUCAAUGCCAACUAUCUUAUACUUCAAAGGAGGUGAAGUUGUUGCCAGAUAUGUUGGUGCUAACCCAACUGGUAUUCAUCAAGUUAUUGCUGAAAAUAUUUAG